GCAACACUGGUUCCGUUGCGGCUAAUUAUUACAACGACUACAACUGUUUUGUGUCACUCUGUCAGAGAGAAGUUUUGGUUUUUGGUUAUGGGUGUGUGAAGAUCGGCUUUUAAUACAAUAGCUAAUAGCGCUAAUAUUGUUUACAAGAUAGAUUUUGUGGUGUGGUGUCUUCAGUCUUAUGUGAAUUUUCCAAUACGGAGUGUAGGUGUUAUAGCCAAAAGGCAAAAAUCUGAGGUUUCCCAACUAGCCCACUAUCUUGUAGUACUGAAAUACACCAGCAGAAAUGGAUCAAAUACCUCCUCCGAAGGAAGUGAAGAUUCUUGAAACCGCUGAAGAUAUUCAAGAACGCCGUCAAGAGGUUCUUUCACGCUAUGACAAUUUCAAGGCCGAUGCUAGAGCGAAAAGAGAGAAGCUUGAGGAUUCACGAAGAUUCCAGUAUUUCAAAAGGGAUGCCGAUGAAUUGGAAUCUUGGAUAUUGGAGAAACUUCAGUCAGCUUCAGAUGAAAACUAUAAAGACCCUACAAAUCUACAGGCAAAAAUUCAAAAACAUCAGGCAUUUGAAGCAGAAGUGGCAGCGCACAGCAAUGCAAUUCUGGCCGAAAAGGGGAUGAAACUACAACAAGCUCUGGUUCUCGUCCAGUUCAUUAGGCAUUGUGAUGAAGUCAUGUUUUGGAUAAACGAGAAAAGUGCAUUUCUAUCAACCGAGGAAUUUGGUCAUGAUUUGGAACAUGUGGAGGUAUUGCAACGAAAAUUCGAUGAGUUCCAAAAAGAUAUGGCAUCACAGGAAUACCGUGUGGUCGAAGUAAAUGACUUGGCGGACAAACUACUGCAGGAUGGUCACCCCGAACGCGACCAGAUUGUUAGACGUAAAGAGGAGAGAUUCAACAGAGACUCCGACGAAACCGUAGCUUGGAUUGCAGAAAAGGAUGUCGUCCUAUCAUCUGACGAUUAUGGGAGAGAUCUUGCUAGUGUGCAAGCACUUCAAAGGAAACACGAAGGUGUUGAAAGAGACUUGGCUGCUCUAGAAGAUAAAGUUGCUACCCUUGGUAAAGAGGCUGACAGAUUGUGUGCUAUUCAUGGAGAUCAUGCUGACGUUAUCCAGGCUAAGAGGGCUGAAAUCGAAGCUUACUGGCAAAGCUUGACAGCAAAAGCAAAGGAACGCAAAGAAAAGCUGGAAGAAUCAUACUCGCUCCACCGAUUCUUGUCAGAUUACCGCGAUUUGGUUUCGUGGAUCAAUGAUAUGAAAGCGAUCAUAUCCGCUGAUGAACUGGCCAAGGACGUGGCCGGGGCAGAAGCACUUCUGGAAAGACAUCAAGAGCAUCGCGGAGAGAUCGACGCCAGGGAGGACAGUUUCGCAGCUGUUGCGGAAGCUGGAAAUAGUCUGCUGGAAAGAGAUCACUAUGCUAGUGACGAGGUCAAGGAGAAGCUGGCCAUGCUUGAAAAUGACAAAAAGUCUUUGAUUGGUGAGUGUGGUUACAUUUAUUUAAAAAUAAUUCAUUCGUGUUUGUACACAAAAGCGCUUACACACGUCUAG